UGCGUGCGCGCACAUGCACGACGCCGCUGCUCCAAAAUUAUUUUCUAUACAGCGGUGGGGGCUCCGGAGAAUAUAAGGUGGCCAUAUUUGAUAGAUUUGUGUCGGGCUCUGCAAUGCAGACAGCGAGAGUUGUUGCGUGUGAUCUUGCAAGUGACAGUGACACCAGGCAGGUCUGUCGGAUUCGUGACUGAUCCGGACUUGGGAGAGAGAGGGAGUGUAGAAAGAGGAGGGGGGGCAGACAGAAAAGAAACAAACAAGUAACAAUGUAACUUACAUGCAGUCACACACCCCUUUUUCUUGUAACAAUGUGUACGUUUUUAAGGAGGGAGGGGGCGCGCAGAGGGAGAAAGAGAGACGCAGUGAGAUAGAGAAAGGAGGAGGGGGGUGCGUUCUGAAAUAAUAUAGUCAGCCAUUUUUUAUGUAAGGGGAUUUUUUCUUAUUGGGGGGGUUGUUAAAAAAUAAAUAUAAGAGGGCGGCCAUCUUUGUUGCUCUGCCUGGUGUAAAAUAUUCCAAAACGCCCCCCACUUUUUUCUGUGCCGAUUUGAAUAUUAAAUAAAUAUCACAUAUUCGGGCAAGAAUACGCUUUUUUUAAAACAAGGACGGAACCAAUGACAGGAAUAUAAUGUCCUCUCCUCUCCGGUCCUGUGAGGAAGACGAGGGCAUGGUGGUUAAUUCCGAGGGAGGAGAUUUUGAUGAAGAAGACGACGACGGAGACCUAGACGAGAACGCAAGCGACAUAAACUCGCCGGCGGCGCCUCGGGAAACUGCAACACCAGCCGCGCCAGACGACGAGGCAGAGAUCUCAGACAGAGAGGUCCCGUGCAGGAAGAAAGGCCGGCCGAAGAAGAGGAAGGACACAAAAAAGAAAGAGAAAGAGAAGCCUGUCAAAGCAAAAAAACGCAAAAAGAUUGACAGCGAUGUAGAGCGAAACUCAGAUAGAGAAAGAGACUACGGUGAGAACUCAGACAGUGUAGCCAGCGACUAUGGCUCUGGUGAGAAAAAGAAAAAGAAGAAACACAAAGAAAGGAAGGAGAAGAAAACCAAGAGGAAGAAAAAAGACGAUGGGGAUAGAGACAGCAGUCAAGAGGAAACAACAAAGCAACCAUUAGAGCAGAAAACCUCUGCCCAGCUGGCAAAGGAAUGGGGUCUAGAGGAUGUUGAUCAUACCUUCACAGAGGAGGACUACAGGGAACUCACCAACUAUAAAGCCUUCAGCCAGUUUAUGAGGCCGAUGAUAGCCAAGAAGAACCCUAAGAUCCCCAUGUCAAAGAUGAUGACCAUCCUGGGGGUCAAGUGGAGGGAGUUCAGUUCUAACAACCCUUUCAAAGGCAACGCUGCUGCUGUUGCAGCUGCCGCCGCCGCUGCCGCCAUCGCUGUUGCCGAGCAGGUCUCUGCAGCAACUGCCUCUCCUGAGCCACCACCGCCUCAGCCACCACCAAUCAGAAAGGCCAAGACGAAAGAAGGCAAAGGUCCAGGCUAUAAGAAACGCAGUAAAAGUCCUCGAGUUCCAGACAAGAAAAAGGCUUCGGCUGUAGCCAAAGCUAAAAAGAUGGCACCCAUUCGUAUUAAAUUAUCCCCUAUAGGUACCAAGAGGAAGAAAAGCUGCUCUAGCGAUGAAAUGGAUGAGGACGAGUCAGAGCAGGAGGACUCCAGUGUUCACAGCUCCUCGGUUCGGUCUGACAGCUCUGGCCGAGUAAAGAAGAACAAGCGGGGACGACCCGUCAAGAAGAAGAAGAAGAAAAUCCCAGGUGAGGAAGAUGGGGACGGCUAUGAGACCGAUCACCAAGACUAUUGCGAGGUAUGUCAGCAGGGCGGAGAGAUCAUCCUGUGUGACACAUGUCCUCGAGCGUAUCACCUUGUAUGCCUCGAGCCCGAGCUGGACAAGGCCCCCGAGGGCAAGUGGAGCUGCCCCCACUGUGAAAAAGAGGGAAUCCAAUGGGAAGCAAAAGAUGAAGACUUUGAGGAUUUUGAGGAGGACAGUGAGGACAGGGUGAUAUCAGAGGUCAGUGUCGGGGUCCCCACCGGUGGUGAGGAGGAAGACGACGACCACAUGGAGUUCUGUCGGGUGUGUAAGGAUGGAGGUGAACUGCUGUGUUGUGACACGUGUACGUCCUCCUACCACAUUCACUGUCUUAACCCGCCACUGCCUGAGAUCCCCAACGGAGAGUGGCUGUGUCCGCGAUGCACGUGUCCGCCAAUUAAGGGACGUGUGCAGAAGAUCCUCCACUGGCGAUGGGGUGAGCCUCCACCUCCUAUUCCUGUUCCACCUGCUCCUGACGCGCCACCUGAUGCCCCUCCACCACCACCCAUGAAAGGCAGAGCCGAGAGGGAGUUCUUUGUCAAGCUGACUGGGCAGUCGUACUGGCACUGCACCUGGAUCACAGAGCUUCAGCUGGAGAUCUUUCACUCGGUGAUGUACAGAAACUACCAGAGGAAGACAGACAUGGAUGAGCCCCCCAGUCUUGAUUACGGCUCAGGUGCAGAAGACGAGAAUGGAGUGGGAAAGAGUGAGAAGCGGAGGGCCAAAGACCCCCAGUAUGCUAUCCUUGAAGAAAAAUACUACAAAUAUGGCAUUAAGCCUGAGUGGAUGAUGAUUCACCGCAUCAUCAACCACAGUGUGGAUAAGAAGGGGGUGUACCACUACCUGGUCAAGUGGAGAGACCUGACCUAUGACCAGUGUACUUGGGAGAGAGACGACAUGGAUGUACCAGACUUUGCAAUAUACAAGGCCAGCUACUGGAGACACAGGGAUGCCAUAAUGAAAGAGGACCCAGACACACCACGGAAGAUGAGGAGCAAGAAUGAGGAGGAUGACGAAGAAGAAGAAGAUUCUGAGGCAUUACCAGCCACAGAUCCAACAAUAAAGUACGAAGAGCAGCCAGACUUUGUCACAUCGACGGGUGGAACGCUGCAUCUGUACCAGCUGGAGGGCCUCAACUGGCUCCGAUUUUCCUGGUCUCAGGGCACCGAUACCAUCCUGGCAGAUGAGAUGGGCCUGGGCAAAACAAUUCAGACCAUUGUCUUCCUUUAUUCCCUUUUCAAAGAAGGUCACACGAAAGGUCCAUUCCUGGUUAGCGCUCCCCUCUCCACCAUCAUCAACUGGGAGAGAGAGUUUGAGAUGUGGGCGCCCGACUUCUAUGUGGUGACGUACACAGGAGACAAAGACAGCCGAGCCAUCAUCAGAGAGAAUGAGUUCUCUUUCGAUGACAUGGCUGUCAAAGGAGGAAAGAAGACCUUCAAAUUGAGGAGAGAGGCUACGAUUAAAUUCCACGUGCUGCUGACCUCCUACGAGUUGGUGACAAUCGACCAGACAGCGCUCAAGUCAAUUGACUGGGCCUGUCUGGUGGUGGAUGAGGCUCACCGCUUAAAGAACAACCAGUCCAAGUUUUUCAGACGUCUAAAUGACUACAAGAUUGACUACAAGCUGCUGCUGACAGGAACUCCACUACAGAACAACCUAGAGGAGCUGUUUCAUCUGCUCAACUUCCUCACUCCCAACCGCUUCAAUAACCUGGAAGGCUUUCUGGAAGAGUUUGCUGACAUCUCAAAGGAGGAUCAGAUCAAGAAGCUUCAUGACCUGCUUGGGCCUCACAUGCUGCGGAGGCUGAAGGCUGACGUCUUCAAAAACAUGCCCGCCAAGACCGAGCUGAUUGUCAGAGUGGAGCUGAGCCCCAUGCAGAAGAAAUACUACAAGCUGAUUCUGACCAAGAACUUUGAGGCUCUGAACUCGAAAGGUGGAGGAAACCAGGUGUCUCUGCUCAACAUCAUGAUGGACCUAAAGAAGUGCUGCAACCACCCCUACCUCUUCCCUGUUGCCUCCAUGGAAGCCCAGAAAACACCCAGUGGUGCAUAUGAGGGGUCCUCGCUUACUAAGGCCUCUGGGAAACUGAUGCUAUUGCAGAAGAUGCUGAGGAAAUUGAAAGAGCAGGGCCACAGAGUACUGGUCUUCUCACAGAUGACUAAAAUGCUGGACUUACUGGAGGAUUUUCUGGACCACGAGGGCUACAAGUAUGAGAGAAUUGAUGGAGGCAUCACUGGAGCACUGAGACAAGAGGCCAUCGACCGUUUCAAUGCUCCUGGUGCUUGCCAGUUUUGCUUCUUACUCUCCACCAGAGCAGGAGGUUUAGGCAUCAAUCUGGCCACAGCAGAUACUGUCAUCAUCUUCGACUCUGACUGGAACCCUCACAACGACAUACAGGCAUUCAGUCGAGCUCACCGUAUCGGACAGGCCAACAAGGUGAUGAUCUACCGCUUUGUGACGCGAGCCAGUGUGGAGGAGCGGAUCACUCAAGUAGCCAAGAGGAAGAUGAUGCUGACCCACCUGGUGGUGCGGCCAGGUUUGGGAUCCAAAGCCGGCUCUAUGACCAAGCAGGAGUUGGAUGACAUCCUGAAGUUUGGGACAGAGGAGCUCUUCAAGGAUGAGGGAGAAGGAAUGAAGAACAGUUCAGGGGAUAAAGUCGAAGAUGAGGGCAACGUCAUCCAUUAUGACAGCACUGCCAUUGAAAGGCUGCUGGACCGAAGCCAAGAUGCUACAGAUGACUCAGAUGUCCAGAACAUGAAUGAGUACCUCAGCUCCUUUAAAGUGGCCCAGUACAUGGUCCGAGAGGAGGACAAGAUUGAGGAGAUCGAGCGAGAGAUCAUCAAGCAGGAGGAGAACGUGGACCCAGAUUAUUGGGAGAAGCUGUUGCGGCAUCACUAUGAGCAGCAACAAGAAGAUCUGGCAAGCAAACUGGGUAAAGGCAAGAGGAACCGCAAGCCUGUCAACUACAACGAUGCAGCACAGGAAGACCAAGAGUGGCAUGCUGACAUUUCAGAUAACCAGUCCGAGUAUUCUGUGGGCUCCGAGGAGGAGGAUGAAGACUUUGAUGAUCGGCCAGAAGGUCGAAGACAGUCACGUCGCCAGUUGAGGAACGAAAAGGACAAACCUCUUCCUCCUCUUCUGGCCCGAGUGGGAGGCAACCUUGAGGUUCUGGGCUUUAACACACGGCAGCGCAAAGCUUUCCUGAAUGCAGUGAUGCGAUGGGGGAUGCCGUCUCAGGAUGCUUUCUCCUCUCAGUGGCUUGUUAGAGACCUCAGGGGCAAAACUGAGAAAGAAUUCAAAGCUUACGUCUCUCUCUUUAUGCGUCACUUGUGCGAGCCUGUUGCUGAUGGAGCCGAGACAUUUGCUGACGGCGUCCCGAGGGAGGGUUUGUGUCGCCAGCCGGUUCUAACCCGUAUUGGUGUCAUGUCACUCCUCAAGAAAAAGGUCCAAGAGUUUGAGCACAUCAACGGGCGGUGGAGCCUUCCAGAACUAAAACCUGAGCUCAGUGUUGACAAAUCCUCCUCCAGGGCCUCCUCACCUGCUGUAAAGACUGCCACGCCCACCCCAGAUGCCAGCUAUAACAACACACCAUGCACCUCAAAGCCAGCAACCCCUGCUCCGUUAGAGAAGCUGGAAAAGAAUGGGAAAGAGGGAGAGAAGGACAAGGAGGAAGCUGAGGCCUUGCUGGAAAAAGAGAAGGCAAAGGAAAAGGAUGAAGGGAAAGAAGUGGAUGGCAACAAAACUGGAGACACUGAAGAGCGUUCCUCUGCGACAAAAGACACAUCACAAAGUGCAUCUCCUGGUCAAAAAGCUAAAGACAAAGAGGAGAGUGACGUGAAAGAGGAUGAGAGGAAAGAACCAAGCGAUGCUCCAGCUGCCACAACAGAGGAGACAAAAGUACAAGAGGAAAGUAAGGAGGAGACAAAACAUACGUCUAAGCCAGAUACAGAGGUCAAAAAAGAGAAAUCAGAAGGAGAGAAGGCUGUGGAGGAGAAGGAAAAAGAAAAGGGAGACGAAACAUGUAUAACAACUGAAGCAACCGAAGCCAAGGAUAAGGCCGAGGCAGCUGAUGUGAAGAAAGAAGAGCUCAAAGGUGAAAAGGAUACUGGAAAAGAAGUAAAACCAGCCAAGGAGGAGGCGCCCAAGGGUAACGGGAAGCCUCCGCCUGAGCGACCACGCUUCAUGUUCAACAUCGCAGAUGGUGGCUUCACAGAGCUGCACACCCUUUGGCAGAAUGAGGAGCGGGCUGCCAUCUCCUCGGGGAAGAUGAAUGAGAUCUGGCACCGUCGACAUGACUUCUGGCUGCUGGCGGGAAUCGUGAUACAUGGCUAUGCACGAUGGCAGGACAUCCAGAACGAUCCUCAGUUUGCCAUCGUCAAUGAGCCUUUCAAGUCGCAGGCGAAUAAAGGCAACUUUUUAGAGAUGAAGAACAAGUUUCUGGCUCGACGCUUUAAGCUGUUGGAGCAAGCACUUGUGAUAGAGGAGCAGCUGCGACGGGCAGCUUACCUAAACAUGACCCAGGACCCGAGCCACCCGGCCAUGGCUCUGAAUGCACGCUUUGCGGAGGUGGAGUGCCUGGCGGAGUCACACCAGCACCUCAGCAAGGAGUCACUGGCAGGCAACAAGCCUGCAAACGCUGUCUUACACAAAGUAUUGAACCAGCUGGAGGAGCUACUGAGUGACAUGAAGGCUGAUGUGACUCGGCUACCGGCCACACUGUCCAGAGUCCCACCCAUCGCCGCCCGCCUGCAAAUGUCUGAGAGGAGCAUCCUCAGCCGACUGGCCAGCAAGGGCACCGAGACGCACACCCCUCCGCCCAUACCUCCAGGACCCUAUGCUACCCCUCAGAACUACGGAGCCCCCUUCACCCCUGCACCCCCCAGCGCCCUACACAUGGGAGGGGCCAACUACAGUCAGAUGCCUCCUGGAUCCUUCAUAUCAGAAGCCGCCGCCGCUGCUGCUGGGGCCACCGGGGGAGCUGCUGGUGGAGCUGCCGGGGGGCCAGCCGCCGCUGGGGUUUGCCAGAAGACCAAGGAGCACGAUGUGGUGCAGCGGCAGCGAGUGGUGGACCUUUGGAAAGACGGCAAGUCGGAGGGAGCCAUUGGGCUGGAGUUGAGGAUGCCCAAGUCCACAGUGCACAGCAUCAUCGUCAAGUACCGGCUCAGCAACACUGUGGAGAACCUGCCGCGUAACGGGCGACCAAAGAAACCCUGAAGGAAGCAGGGAGAAAAAAAAAAAAUACUGGAAUGUAUCUAAAAAAAAGAAAAAAGAACAGAAAAAAACUAAAACCUGAAGGCAUGAGAAGGAGCUCGAAAGCGGACUGAAGAACGAAGCACUUUGACACCGGUGGAAUGCGAGGACUAUAAAGGGAAAGGAAAAGCUCAUGAGAUGGGAGGAAAAAAAGGAAAAAGCUGCAGAGGACACAAAAUGAAAUGAAAAGCAGUGGCGGCUCUUUGACCCACGAAUGAAAACAAGCAAUCAACUGCAGAGAGCGGAUCCAAAAUGAAAAAGGGAGAGGUGAAAAGGUGCUGCUGAAAAAACAAAGCCUAAAAACUGAACUGGCCCACGAGAAGAGGGACAAAGAUGGCAUGUUAAUGCAAUCACAGGUUUUUAUUUUAGAAAUUCAGGUAUGUAGGUUUAAUGGGAGAAAAAUGCAGGAUUUUUAUUUUAUUUUUUGAAAACCUCCUCAUACAGAUUUCUUGAGAAUUCUUUUUCUGUUUCUUCCUCUGAGCCAAAAAAAAUUCCCCAUGGAUCAAUUCUUCUUUCGCCGACUGACUGAGAAAGCCUGUCUGACCUGAACUCCCUCAUUCCUCCACAGUCCUCCUCUCCUCCGUCUCUCUUUCACACACAUACAUGUACAUACACACACACUUUGGACCUCACACACAACCUGAAAACCUGCAAAUAGCCUUGUUUAUGUGCAGAGAACAGACAGAUGAAAUCCAAACUUAAAACAGAAAAGGACAGACCCAGAUCAUCUUGCAGAAAAAAAGAGAGAGAAGAGAGUUUUCUGAAAUUUAAAACACUUCUCUCAUAAACUGUCUUGCCCUAGCAUUCCUGAGUCCAACCAAGUAUAGGAGCAAAAUCCACAGGUCUAAAAAACACUGAGACGCUGUCUUUAUCCAACAGUUAGUAGCAACAUUGCUGUAACUAAUCUAAUGGACUUCCAUUGUUAAUGUACUGUAUAACAAGGGGUAAAAUAUUCCUUACUAUUGCACCUUUUUUGAGUGGGAUGGUCACUUAAAGGGGAAUAUCACUCUACAUUUCCUGUUUUAAUCUUCCUUGCAACAAUAAGUAUUAUUUACGAGCAGCUCUUCCUCAAAGAUAAAAACUGUAAUCCGUCAUUAAAAGAAAAAGGGAGAGUCGCUUUGAAGCUUAAAGGGACGUUUUUGUUCCUCGAGCUUCUUUUAUUGUGACAGCGUGAUGGAUUCCACACUGGAAAACGUCCCCCGACCCCUCAGAAAAUAAAACACUCUGGACUGUGUCAUCGUUUUUCCAGCUUGGUGUGUCUGUGCGUGCGUGCAGUAAAGCUGUACAUCAGUGUGAUAUCCUCGAGCGGAGAGGCAGGAUGAACCCUCUUGAGGCGUUUCAGCGUGGAACAAAAAUAAAUUUUCAGUUAUACUGUCCAAAAUAGUACAGGAACCAAAACUGAGUGAUAUUUCCCUUUAGGUUUGAAGGUAGUGGUGUGGCCUGCAAUGAGGGUAUGCUGUGUGUUUCUGUCUGUGUGUGUGGUAUAUGUGGUUUAUGUAUGGCAGUCCUGGUAUUUUUUAUCGAUACUAGUUGUUGUUUACACUUCGACAUUGGUGCCAAUAUGAUACCUGAGAUUCAUUUCCAAUUCCCAAAUCUUUUAGAUAACUUAAAGGGAACAUAAAAAUCAUUUGUACCAAACACUUUUCUAUUUAAUAAAACAAGCUAACCUCAUCAUGUGCAUCAGAUUUAAUAGUCAAGAAAAGGAAAAAAGAAGCAUUAAUGCUUCUCUUAGUAUGUUUAUUAAUAUUUAGAGAUGAUAAAAUUAUAAGGCAUUGCUCAUUGUGACAAACCAACAGCAAAUUCCUACCUGACUGCAACACCUGUCACACAAAAGUAGCAGUUUAACGUUGUUUAGCUUAUUGUCUUGAAUGUUUGACGUUCUGUGGUUCAGUGUCACCUACGUCAGUUUUGUCAAUCCUGUUAUAUUGUUAGAUCAGCCACUAGAAAAUAUGGUGGAGCACCAAACACAGCUGAAAGAAAAGGUGACAAAAAAAUAAAAAAAAAAACUAAACUGCUGUCUGCUGGACCUGUAAAGAAGGAAGCAAGCAUGGCAGGCAUAUUGGCUUUAUUGGGGGAUUAACUCUUAAGUAUAGCAUUAUCCUGAUUAAGAUUUUUUUUGUACUGGAUACCAAUCUGAGUAAUUUGAUAUUAAGUAUGGGCUGAUACUGUGUCUCAGUCCAAUAUUAGUAUUUUGUAUGACACACAGCUGCAAACUACAUAAUUAGGAGUUAGAAAAAAUAAAACAUGAAAGUUCAUGCAAAAUAAAAUAUCUUUAGAGAAAGCGUGUAGCAAUUCUACAGUGCAGCAUGAAUUUUCAGUUAGUUUAAAAUAAAUAAAUAAAUUUAUUUAUGUAGAGAAUCCUUCAUAUAGUGAAAAUGGCUUGGGAGUGCAUGCUUGUGUAAAAUAGUCUGAUUGACAAAGAGCUGGUCACUGAGCACUGAGCUAGCUGUCACAAACUAACCUACACUGUAUCAAAGUGUUACCAGAUUGUGUGUGUUAUAGAUCAGUGAUUCCCAACCCUGGUCCUCAAGGCACACUAGCCUGCAGGUCUUAGACGUGUCACUGCUACGACACACUCGAUUCAAAUUCAUGGCUCAUUAGCAGACUUGUGCAGAGCUUGUCAGAGAACCAUUCAAUUUGAAUCAGAUGUGCUGCAACAGAGACAUCUAAGACCUGCAGGAUAGUGAGCCAGGGUUGGGAACCACUGUUACAGACAAACAAAACCUUGAUGAAAAAUUUAUAAAUAUACCCAGUGGCCAUGGCUAUAUUAAGAGAAAAAUAAAGAUAGAAAUGAUUAUUUUAAUACCAUUUUCUUCUCUAGAAGCUAAAAACAGCUGAGUCACACAAGUUGAACACAUACAAAGCUACAAGUUUAGGCUACAAAACGUAAAAAGGUCAACAUUUAAACUUUGACCUGAGGCAGGGACAGGGAUUUGAACUUAUAUCUUGGCAUUUAUAACCCUCAAACCUAUAUAGUAUCAUCAAAAGUUAAAUAAAUAUCCUUUUUAUCUUUUUAAAAAUGUUUUGUUGCCAUUAAUUGUUAUAACUUCAUUCUUGAAACUAUGCAUAGAAAACAUUAACAUUUAUGGAAACAUGGCUAAAGUAACCCACAAGUGUUCAGAAAUGCUCAAAUAAAUUAAUUGUAAAUCUUGCAAAGCAUUUAUUUUUACAUAAUUAUUGUACAUGAUAUUUUCUGGAAUCUCACAUUUCUCAUUUAUUACAUUUUAAAAGUACUAAUACAUGCUUAAGUGCUUAAACAUGAACAUAAAAUUCACACAACACUUUGCACAGACCACAUUGUAUAAUAUUAAAAUCCUUAAAGAAGCACUACUGUAUAGGCACAUUUUCUUAAUAAGGUGCCCCCUAACAACGGCUAAUUUUGCAUCCAUUUAGCAGCCUUCUUAUACUCUGAGCUCUCUGCCGUCAGUAAAAGUCAGUCCGAUGCUGACACUUUUCCCUUUUUUCCUUUGGAUAAAACGGCUAUAUAAGUACAGGCCAUUUACCAUUUAUUUCCCAUCAUUUGCUCUGUCCUUUCUGUCCUUCUUUUCCUCUCUUCCUCUAAUAAUGUCCUCUUGUAUUUCUUAGAGUCAGAAGCAGAUAUUUUUAUGGUCAGAAAAUUGGUGCUAUGUUAAGAUAAGAUUUUCUUCCUCUAUCUUUCUUACUUUCUCUGUCGAUUGCAAAAUUCCUGCAAGUUUUCCGAUUUAUUUAUUUUAGUUUUUUUACAUUCGGACAGAUUCUUCCUUCCUGAAAGCAAAUCUCUGCUUUUUACAUUUCUGAAAAGUUGAAAACAAAAGGUUGUACUUCAUAAAAUGUUUUGGCGCAGAUGCAGUCAUGCAAAGCUUUUCAUUUAGCAAACACUCCUUUAAAAGGCUGCAUUUUUGGCCAAGAUGGCAACAUUCACUUCUAUCAGAUAGUAGUCAGGAUCUACAAAAGAGACACAGACCCACAUAUUGGCCAAAAAAAGUCUUUUUUAUAGACCUUUCUGGACUUGAGAUCCUCCAUCAAGUGUAGUUUAGCAUUUCAGGCAUCAAGAGAUAAAAUAAAAUGCUCAGAAGUUUAAGAGUUUCUGAGAGAUGUGUCUUUUUGUGAAAUGUUGGGUUUCUUUUUUUACUGUAGAUAUCACUGCCAAGUUAAUCUGGGAUAAGAAAACUUGUAUCUGUCAAACAACGUCUUCUGCUACGGUAAAGCAACAGGCAAAUAAGUGGAAAAUGGAGAGUAUGAAGAAGGGAUGGUAGGAGGAGCUUGGAUGGACAGAAAUGGCAGCAGAAAGAAUUUCAUGAUGUCCAGUCCAGCAAAGGGAGUCAGUUAUCUGGUGUAUUUCUAAGGCUAAUCAUCAUCAUUGCUUCCUCGCCAUGUGACUUUUGAUUGCCUUUACUUUAUGUGAGAAAAACAGUGUGUUGUGUCUGUCUUUAUAAUUUCUAUCUACUUCAGAACCAGCCAAACUGACUGAAUAGCCAUUUCUGAAAAAGAAAAGACUACUAUAAAUAGAAUGAAGAAGUUUCUACUUAUUGCUUCAACCUUUUUAUGCACAUUACUUAUA